GCUUGAUUGUCCUGAAUGGUGGAAGAAGAUUUCUUCUAUCAGUGUGGAAUCAUGGUAACUCUGACACAGCUGCAACCUUCCAUCCUCAAUAAGAGAGCUUAUGACGAGGUACCUCAGCAUCCACUCGAAAGACUUCAUCAAUUGCGUAUAAACACAGUUCUACGAAGAAAGACGUUUGUAAACUGGCCCAAAUCAUCGCCCAUUUGUCCGACUGAAUUAUGCGAUAACGGUUUCUACUACAUGGGAUCAAAGGAUAAAGUACAAUGCGCUUUCUGUGGAGGAGUAUUGAGUGGGUGGUUAGAACAUGACAAUGUCUUUAGUGAACACGCCAAACAUUUUAGAUACUGUGAAAAAGUUUCAACCAAAUCGAAAACCUGUACGAAUAGUUUACCUAAACAUUCUGUUUUAAAUGAUGCCGGACAACAAGCCCAGAAAGCUAACCUUCAACUGCAUAAUAAACAAUACUUAAUACAUAGUACACGGAUUUCAACGUUCCAGUCCUGGCCAAAGUAUAUAAAACAGGCACCAGAAGAUUUAGCAUCCACAGGCCUGUAUUACAAAGGAACUGGAGAUAAAUGUCAAUGUUACAUGUGUGGUGGUAUAUUGUCAGGUUGGGAGGAUGAAGAUGUUCCAGAGGAUGAGCACAAGAAAUGGUUUCCUAAAUGUCCACUUUUCCACAAAGAAUUGUAAUUGAAAAAAUAAAUAAGCAUAGGAUCAAA